AUGUAUCAAGAAGACGGAUCAUCUUCUGUAACUACUAAUUCAUCACCCCUUCAAAUGAUGUCACCACCACCACCCGGUGUGACGUCACCAUACCCAUGGCUGAAGGAGCUUAAACCUGAAGAGAGGGGUUUGUGCUUAAUCCACCUCUUGCUCACUUGCGCCAGCCACGUGGCGACCGGCAGCCUCGAGAAUGCCAAUCUCGCCCUCGAUCAAAUAUCCUAUCUUGCCUCACCCCACGGCGACACCAUCCAGAGAAUAGCUUUCUAUUUCUCCCGGGCCCUUGCCGACCGCCUCCUCAGAGCAUGGCCCGGUAUCUACAAGGCCUUCCACUCUUCCACAAAUCCAUAUCCCCUCGCUCAAGAAAAAUUCCUCGCGCGAAAAAUGUUUUCCGAGUGCUGCUUGUUCAUGAGGGUGGCUUUCUUGAUCCGCAACCAGGCAAUAAUGGAGUCGAUGGAGGGUGAGAAAAUGGUCCACGUCAUCGACCUGUGUGCGGCCGAGCCCACUCAGUGGUGUGCCCUCAUCCGGGACCUCAGUGCCCGGCCCCAGGGCCCGCCCCAUCUCAGGAUCACGGCCAUUCAUCAGCACAAGGAGGUGUUGGACCACAUGGCCCACGUGCUGACCGAGCAAGCAGAAAAGUUGGAUAUUCCGUUUCAGUUCAACCCUGUCCUUAGCACAAUAGAUAGACUCGAUUUUGAAAAAUUGCGGGUCAAGACGGGCGAGGCCCUUGCGGUUAGCUCGACCCUGCAGCUGCACACACUAUUAGCCUCCCAAAGUAAUAAAUACGGCAUUGGCUCACACUUGCAAAGGGAGUUGCUCAAUAAGGAUAUCGACACAUUUCUGAGUGCUCUAAGGGGUUUGUCCCCAAAAGUCGUGGUGGUGACCGAGCAGGAUUCGGAUCAUAACGGGAAGAACUUAAUGGAGAGGCUCUCGGGUUCUUUGUACUUCUAUGCAGCUUUGUUCGACUGUUUGGAGUCAACUCUACCGAGGGAGUCUCUGCAGAGGUUGACGAUGGAAAAAGUGUUGUUUGGGGAGGAGAUUAAGGAUAUCAUAGCUUGUGAGGGGGCCGAGAGGAGAGAGAGGCACGAGAGUCUCGGGAAGUGGAGACGAACCUUUGAGCUGGCAGGUUUUGCGAAUGUUGCCUCGAGUUAUUACAGUAUGUUGCGGGCAAAGAGACUAGUGCAGAGUAGUAGUAAUUGUGAGGGUUAUAGGAUUAAGGAAGAAAAUGGAUGUGUGGUGAUUUGCUGGCAGGAUCGGCCAAUGUACUCGGUAUCUGCUUGGAGGUGUAAGAGGUGA